ACAAGCCUCCAUUAUGAUGGUGUGUGCCGGCAUGUCCCAACCGGCAAUUGCCGGCGCGGCCACCAACGGUUGCAGUGGCCCCACAGGCUCCACCUGCGACAUCCUGCAGGCGUCCCUGCCAGGCACCAGCCUGUCGGUGAAAGGGGAAAACCCUGCGCACCUGCAUGACAGGCGACAGCCGCCAUCUUUGUUGUUUGGAUUAAAUAACCAAGACGACCACGGUAGAUGGGACACCCGUUCUGCUUACAUGAGGCGCCGACCAUCCUUUCCCCAAGGAGGACUUGACUGGCGACUCCGGCGCAAAGUUCACCAAGAUGGCCGCUGUAGGCAGCGACGGAAGACGGUCUCAGCCUGCGAGCUUCCGGAGAGCGACGAAGACGACGAGGACGGUCCGGAGGACGUGCUCCUACACGAGAGGACAUGUCCCCUCUUCCACACCAACCCCGCCACGUCGUCCGACGGGAAACCCGACGAAAGUCCCCACGACGGGCCCGACGACAGCCGCGUGCUGGCGACGGGAGAGAACGCCGACGCCAGGAAAGAUAAAAACCAGUUCGCCUCCCCUUGUGAUAAAACUCCCUCCUCCUCCUCCUGCCUCCUCAGCCCUCCGCCAGUUUUCCAAACCCCGACGCAGCCGAAGUGCAACUGCUCGGUGAAAGACGGCAAUCGGUCGCGCAAUAACAACAACAACAACAACGAAGACCAAGGCAGCGUCGGAAGCAGCGGCGGGAUCCGUCGGGGAGGGGGAGGCAGGGUGAAACGGGCGCGGAAAAGAAACCGUCGGGAGACGGUCAUUCUGAACGUCGGCGGUCACGUGUUCGAGACCUACCGCGCCACCGUGCGGCGACUGCGGACGCCGAUUUUUAACUGUGACGAUCAGUUGGAACUCUAUUACCGGAAGUCGCACGGGGACUAUUUCUUCGACCGGGACCCUACGGCUUUUGGAUCGAUACUCAAUUUUUUGAGAACAGGUGAGCUGCACAUACCGACCAACAUGUGCGGGCCAGCGUUACAGAAUGAGCUGGAGUUUUGGGGUAUCGAGGAGGUAGACAUCGCUCGCUGUUGCUGGACGCAGUACAACACGUGGAAGACACAGUGCCGCUCGCUGGAGAAGCUCGAGUACGACCGGAAGUUCUCCACAACCCAGCAGGUGCCAGACAUCGAUGCCGACAGCUCGUGCUGGGUACGUCAUAGGUCAAAGAUUUGGACAUUCCUGCAGGACCCAGGUUCAUCGAGAAAAGCUAAAAUCUACGCCUGGAUAUCAAUCAUCUUCGUUUUUGUUUCCAUUUUUUCCUUCUGCGCCGAGACCCACCCCAAGUUCAAGGUCAAGGCCAGAGACAUGACCCACUUAGCCUCCUUCUACGAGUUCCUGAACGUCGAGAAUAUUCCCUGGGAGAACGUUUUCGCGGAGAUUCAGAACAAGAGCCUCGCCGCCAACAGCAGCGUGGGUUCGAAACACAACCAGACGAACCAGGUAGUUCGACAGAAGCGUCACGACGAUGACGCGGGGGACCUCGGGGAUCAGCACCCACAGACCCAGAGGAAAAAAAGGUUAGCCAUGUGCCUCCCCCAUAAUGACUUAAGUCACGAUGGCAAAGACAAGCCCACGGAGGAGCAAGGCGGUGAUUGGGGCAACAAGGAUCUGCCCCACCCCGCGUUGCUGAUGAUGGAUUUGGGCUGUUUGAUCUUCUUCUCGCUCGAGUACCUCACCCGCUUCAUCUGCUCCCCGAGCAAGCUCAACUUCGUCCGCGCUCUACAGAACAUCGUCGACUUUCUCGCCUUCGCGCCGGAUUACAUCGAGUUCACGUUUCUAAUCAUAGACCCGACUAGGAACGAAGGCGUGGCGAUCAUGGAGAUGUUUUUUAUUCUACGUAUUUUAAGACUGUUUCGAAUUUUCAGGCUGAUCAGGCACGUCCCUGGGUUGUGGAUUUUGUUGUACACGCUGAAGGCCAGCUUCAACGAGCUGAUGCUGAUGUGCGUCUUUCUCCUCAUCGGGAUGGUUGUGUUCGCCACGCUCGUGCAUUUUGUCGAGCCCGACGGCAUCUUCACGAACAUCCCCGUCGGGUUCUGGUGGAGCGUCGUUACCAUGACGACGGUGGGCUACGGGGAUAUGUACCCGCAGUCCGCGGCCGGGUAUUUCAUCGGGUCGUGCUGCGCCGUGGCCGGGCUGCUGAUGAUCGCGUUCACCGUGCCGAUCAUCGUGAGUAACUUUGUCCUGUACUACACGCACGUGCAGUACGGGCUGGCCAGGAAGGACCGGGAGAUGGAGAGGACGAAGGAGAACGAGGAGGACCUGGCCAGGAGCCGGAGCCAGUUGGACAUCGAAGGGGCCGUCCUGCCCUCGCAGACGACCACCACCACCACCCGCAACGGCAAGUCCUACACGUUUCUCAGCAACGCUUCCGAGACGGAGCAGGUGACCUUCAUGGGCAACGCCUCCGAGACGGAUCAGCCGGAGGUCAAGGCCAGGCGAAGUUCAAGGCCGUGCUCGACGUCGUUUGAACUGCAGGAAGGCGUGGUAGUGAAGGGGGCGUCGUCGCCGCCGCCGCUGCCGCCGAUGGUAGUGUUUGACGGGCAACAAAUCACGUGAUGCAGCCUGGUCACGUGAAUACGACCACGUGAUUCAACAUUUGUGAUGACGUAGCGUCACGCGACGUGGCUUUCAGUAAUAUUUAAACACAUUUUGAGCUUCACAAUUUUUUGUGUGUAAUGUUAUCACUGUCAAGCGA